CGCCUACGCUGUACGCCAAAUCUUGCGCCGGUGGACUUUCGCCGGUGGACUUUCCCCAUACCUUCUGGUCGUGCAGCAUAUCUACGCUCGUUUCUCUGUUUUCCCUUUCGCUGUCAUGAUAUUUCUGUCUUAUGGUAUUUAAUAUGAUGCCCGAUACAACAUGAUCAAAGCUAUGCGGUCAGGUCUGUGGACCUGCUCGAGAUGUAUACAUCAAGCUCCCCGAGUUCAACGACAACAGCUACCGAAGCAGCGCUGGUUCUCUGCCGUGUCCGGCACCGCCCAUAGCAGUGACGAGGCCGUACAAUCCGUACAAGCUGUACCGGCUAACCACUCGACCGCCGAUCCAAAGCACGAUGAUGCUCUUCUACGGCAAAUACUCGACUCCCCGCCUACUUCGCGCGGUUUCUUCCAGGCCUUGCCUCAGAUCGCGAACCUAAAAAAUGUCGGCUUGUUCCGGAACAAGUACUUGACCUCGCCUCAAGGCUUUCUAACAUUCGCCGAUAUCACAAUAUCCAGGGCUUCGAGGCUCGUCGUCAAAAUCACCUGUGCUUCGACUGUGGCAGAAUACAAGAAUUUAGUCAGGGAUUUGGAUAGAUUAAGCGACCUACUCUGUCGAGUACUAGAUGUGACCGACUUUGUGCGGAUAACACAUCCAGAUACUAAUAUCCAGAAAGCUGCGUCUGUCGCGUGGUCUAAAGCAUAUAUGUAUAUGAAUCAGUUGAACACUUCAACUACAUUAAGCGAUCAGCUUGAUAAGGCUUUAGGAACUCCUGAGGUGGUGGCAAGUUGGAGCGAGGAGGAACAGACUGUUGCAAGGCUCCUGCAACAGGAUUUUAAAAAAUCCGCGAUAAAUUUACCAAAGGAUUAUCGGGAUGCUUUUGUAGAUGUGGCUCAAAAUAUUAGCGAGCUGGGUGCUGAGUUCGUGGAUUGUAUGGAGCCCGAGAAGCACUAUGUCGAGUUGCCUAGCAGCAGAUUCCAAGGCAUUGACCCCCUGAUGGCCCAUAAAAUGGUCCGGCGUGGUGUUCUUCGUCUGCCGACUAUGGCCCCGGAGGCCACGGUAGCAUUGCGGACAGUGCAUGAUGAAGAUACUCGACAAGCACUCUACUAUGCCACACGGACGGCAUCUAGGCGUUCAAUUGAUACGCUGGAGCACAUGCUUAAACUUCGUUCUCGUCUCGCCUCGUUAUCGGGAUACGACAGCUACGGUCACAUGGCUCUUCAUGAUAAAAUGAUGGCGAAAACCCCGGAAUCUGUUCGCCAGUUUCUUCAAGCCCUGUCUAAGCACAAUUCUUCGUUCGUGGAAGCUGAGCUUGCUGAUCUAAUAGGAGAGAAGCGCCAGAGGCUCGGUGGUGACACUACACUUCAGCCUUGGGAUAAAGACUAUUAUAUGGAAUGUAUACGAACUACGAUGCGAUCAAAACGAAAAAUAAAUGACCACUUAGCCGCUUACUUCUCUCUUGGUACGGUUAUGCAAGGCCUUUCCAGGCUUUUCAAUCGACUAUAUGGUAUACGGUUGGUUCCUAGAGAGACACUUCCGGGAGAAACAUGGCACCCAGAUGUAAAACGGCUAGAUGUCAUCUCUGACACUGAUGGGCACGUAGCCGUUUUAUACUGUGAUCUAUUUUACCGAGAUGGUAAAUCGCCAAAUCCUGCGCACUUCACCGUGCGCUGCUCGCGGGAAAUCUCAACAGAUGAGAUUCAGGAAACAUGGGAGCAAAAUGGCCAGGGAGGAUCGCCUACUUUCGAAACGCCUUUAGAAGCAGCCAAUGAUGGCAUGCAUAUCUCGCAGCAAUCCGGUUCACCAAAGCAAUUACCGACAAUUGCGUUGCUUUGUGACUUCCACCAGGCACAUAAUCAGCGAGAUCAGCCUGCGCUGCUAGAUUAUUAUCAGGUGGAGACCCUUUUCCAUGAGAUGGGACAUGCGAUUCAUUCCGUCCUGGCCCGGACCUCACUUCACAAUGUAGCUGGGACGAGGUGUGCCACUGAUUUCGCCGAACUCCCGUCAACACUAAUGGAACACUUCUGUGCAGACCCCUCUGUGCUAGCUCUAUUUGCUCGGCAUUACAAGACCGACGAACCCCUUCCCUACCACAUGGUUGCACAAAGAUUGGAAGUUUCCGAUCGUUUCGAGGCGUCUGAUCGAGAGAAUCAAAUCAUUCUGGCCAUGCUAGACCAACAAUAUCAUUCCCCAACUGUGCGAGAGAAAGAUUUCGACUCUACGAAGAUUUAUCUUGAUCUUCAAAGGGAGUUUGGCAAGUUACCGCCAGACCCGCCAGGUACGAGGUGGCAAGGCUUCUUUGGGCAUCUCUUCGGAUAUGGCAGUACGUACUACAGUUACCUGUUCGAUCAGGUACUCUCAGAACGUGUAUGGCGAAUUGUCUUCUCGGCGGGCCAAAACGGGGCUGCAUUAGAUAGAGAAAACGGGGAGCGACUGAAGGAAAACCUCCUCAAGUGGGGUGGCAGUCGCGAUCCCUGGAGAUGUCUCUCUGACACCUUACAAGAUGAGCGUCUGAUCGAUGGAGACGAGAAAGCUAUGAGGCUUGUUGGCAGCUGGGGCAUUAAAGAUGACCCCCGGAGCUGAUGAUAUAUUUCUGCCUUUACGUAGGUAUGUUAUGUAAAUACUGUCGGCAAAACGAAACUCAGCGAUAGACCUGCUUCAUCUGCUGGGUGCCUAUGCUACAGACGGCAAUAUAUCCAGCAGGUUUGUUUCCUCAAGGAAGGAAUCUAUUCUCAUAGCACAAGCGCAUAGUAGUGAUCUUGUUCGCAAACAGAUGAACACAAGCUCAAGGUACUAUCUCUUACCUAUCGCGGUUCUGCUAACGCCGUUUAGCCGGAACAUCGUUAGCGCUCGGCAC